AUAAGUACCAAGCUAAGUGUCAAUAUAAACAAGUUCUCACAACCAUUUCGAUCUAUACCUCUUAUCAAUUUCCCUGAUAAGUUCGUCUAGAUCUAUCUGUUUUACAAGGAAUUGGUUUGCUGCAAAAAGCCUAGCUAACCCAAAAUUCGAUCAAUUUCUACGUACAGAUUCCCCUACUCAACGUUGAUUUACUGCAAAGUUUUCCCUGUACUUACUCGAUCUCCCUCAUGUACGAAAUAUAUAUAAUUUUGCUUCUGUUUUCUUGUUACUGCGUUCCUGAUUAGGCAGUGUAGUGUACGUAUAUAGUGUAUACUUAUAUGUUAGCACGCAUGGCUGCAAAUCAUACAAGUGGAAGAGAUCAAAUAACUAUCAAUAUUGGUGAUGACGGCAAGAAAAGCAAGGUAUGCAAGAAAUGCAUCUUCAGAGUUCCUAAGGUGCUCCGGAGACAAAGCCCAGAAGCAUAUACACCUGAUGUUGUUUCACUCGGACCAUUUCAUUACCGAGGAAAGCGAGGCAAGGAGGAUGGUAAAGAAGGCAAGGAUGUCAAGGAAGGCAAAGAUGGCAAAGGCGAGGAAGAUUUCCAACUCUUGGAACGAGUGAAAGAGAGCUAUGUGAAUGAAAUUCUCUCGGAGAUGAAGAACAUAACUUUGAAGGAGUUGACUGCAGAAGUCAUUGAGCUUUCAGAUCAAAAGGAUGAAGGCGGGUUUGAGCAACGCGCGCGCAACUUCUAUGCAGAACCAUUUGCUCAUAUUCUCUCGGAAGACUUCAUCGAGAUGAUGAUAGUUGACGGAUGCUUCCUAAUUCAACUCUUCCGGAAGAAUAACUAUCCAAAACUCAGAGCCUAUGAUGACCCUAUAUUCAACAUGGAUUGCAUGUUUCAUUUCCUCUGCCAUGACAUUUUGCUCUUAGAGAAUCAACUACCUUGGUUUGUCAUCCGCAGCUUAUAUGACCUCACUCUUAAAUUAUACCCUGAUCAUGAAGCCUCUCUCUCUAUUCUCAUCCUUAAAGCCUUCAGCAUACUACCAUCACUGAAGCAGAGUUGCUCAACCUAUGACAGGCAUCUUAGUAAAAUCAAGUGCCACUGUGAUGCAGAUGUUCUGCACAUACUUGAUCUAGUAAGAGCUUCCAUAGUUAUUCCAUUAAGGACCAUUGAAGAGAGAGCACAUAAAGCAGCUGAAAAGGAUGGUGCAUCCAACCCAGAAGAACAUCAAAUGCAUACUCCGAAGGCAGAUCCCAGGCAGAUCAAUCCAGAAGGCAAGAUCAACAAAAAAGCUGUCCGUAAGGCUAUGUUUGACCCGGACCAACAUCAGAUGCAUACCGCAACCGCUCUCUCAAAAGCCGACAUUAGGUUUCAACCUGUUAUAAAGGAGAGCAUAAUGGACAUCCGAUUCGAAAAAGGCGGGUUUCGCAGGAAUGGGAUUCUUAUGAUUCCGCAGCUAAACGUUGGAAUGUCAUCGGAAACAUUAUUCAGGAACCUUAUUGCAAUCGAGCAAUGCUACCAUGGUUAUUCAAACGAAAUUACAUCCUACGCCAUCUUGAUGGAUAACCUAAUAUCUUCCAAGGAAGAUAUGGAAUUACUUUGCAAGGAAAAAGUAAUAGGUAAUUGGCUGAGUGAUGAAGAUGGUUGUAAGUUCUUCAGCAACCUUUACAAGGAUAUCCCGCACAAUAAGUUCUACUAUGCUGAUCUCUGCAAGCAAGUGAAUGAUCAUUACAGACUGAGGAGGUUUACAUGGUUGGCUGCACUCAAGAGUGAAAAAUUUUCCAACCCCUGGAAAAUUUUGGCUUUCGUAACAGGUAUUAUCAUUUUGAUUCUUGCCGUUUGGAGUCAGACAAACAACAUUCGGACUUUCAUGCAGAAGUGACACGAGCUUGCUUUGCCUUGCUAGUGAUUCACAAUGGGGUUUAUCACUUUGCGGAUAUAUCUUUGUGCAUAUGCUUAGUUAAUGUUCUUUUUGAGAUCUUUGAAUGUUCCCCUUUAAAAUGUGAUGUAAUUUUAUUGGUGUAUUUGAAUGUAUUUACUCGACGUAAUCUUGUAUAAUGUAGUGCUAUUUCCUUGAGAGUAAUUUUGCUUAUAUGUGAUAUGUCUAGUCCUAGUCGGUUGCCAUGUUUGAGCUAUAUAUACGUGGCCAUACUUUUAUGAACUCAUAGCUGAGAAAUAAUAUAUGGAUUAUAAGAUUAUUUGUGAGGAA